GCAGGGCUCCUCCGGGCCGGGCAGAGUUUGAGUGCACCCCUAUUCAGCACCCAACAGGUUUCGGGGCCCUCGAUGGGGACACCGUUGGCGUCGGGGAAAGGGCUCUGACCGAGUGCUGGAAAGGAAGGCAAGAGACCUGCAAAAUCAGGCAAGAUUUUCCAUCCUUUCUCCUACCCCACACCCUCCACACCCCUCUUCCUCUGGAGGAACCUCAUCUGUUCAUCUUGGGCCCUUUCUGAGAGCCAACGAGGCUCUUUAGUUGCUGCCUUUUCUCUGUGGGCUGGAGUGCAGAUAUCCAUACAUACACGCCCCCUGUUCUCAUCCCCUUAUCCUGUUGGCUUUAGAUGAUGUCUGUUACAGAUCAGGCAUUUGUGACACUUGCUACCAAUGAUGUUUACUGCCAGGGAGCUCUUGUUCUUGGACAAUCCUUGAAAAAUCACAGGAUGACAAGAAAACUGGUGAUACUAAUUACAUCUCAAGUCUCCAGUCUAUUGAGGGAUGUUCUCUACAAAGUUUUUGAUGAAGUAAUUGAAGUGAAUUUGGAAGACAGUGCUGACUAUAUCCACUUGGCUUUGCUGCAGAGACCAGAGCUUGGUGUAACCUUCACUAAACUUCACUGUUGGACUCUUACUCAUUAUAGCAAAUGUGUCUUUAUGGAUGCUGAUACAUUGGUACUGUGCAAUAUUGAUGAGCUAUUUGACCGUGAAGAGCUCUCUGCAGCCCCAGACCCUGGAUGGCCAGAUUGUUUCAACAGUGGAGUAUUUGUUUUCCGACCUUCUCUAGAAACCCACAGCCUCCUGCUGGAGCAUGCAGUGAAACAUGGAAGUUUUGAUGGGGCUGACCAAGGAUUAUUGAAUAGUUUCUUCAGUAACUGGGCAACUUCAGAUAUUCACAAACAUUUGCCGUUUCUCUAUAAUUUGAGCAGUAGCACCAUUUAUACAUAUAGACCUGCUUUCAAUAAAUUUGGCUCGGAUGCAAAAGUCGUCCAUUUUUUGGGGCCAUCAAAGCCUUGGCAUUACAAAUAUAACCGUCAGACUGGCUCAGUGAUUUCGGAGAGCUUAACUUCAGAAUCUCAGCAUCGUGCCUCAUUUCUUGAUCUCUGGUGGAAAAUAUACGAUGAGAGCAUUGUGCCUUUUUUCGAUAAAGUCCAGCAUGUAGCAGAACUUGAAUCUCAAGAACAAACAAUACGUGUGCCUUGUAGAAGGCAGCAUGGAAUAAUGGAAAGAACACUGGUCUUGGAAUCUGGAAGACUUGGGUUCAAAUCUCCAUAUACUACUUGUCUGAUGUUGGGGCAAGUCACUUCAACUUCUAAUUCUCUUUAUGAUGUUGGUGAACCACGGGAAGGUUCAAAUUCAAGCCAAGAUGACAGCCAGUAUUUCCCUGUUCAGGAGUUUCCAGAACAGACAGUGGAAAUAACUCAUCCUAUUCUGACGCCGGAAGAGGUGACCAAGAAAGCUCAGCCAGUCCAUAAAGAUGAACACAAUUCUCCUGAGCAUUUACUGGAACCAAAUAAUGAACCAUUUGUAGAGUUCACCAGUGACCCUGUUCCUCUACACAGUUCAGAGCAGCCAGUCCAUAAAGAGGAACCCAAUUCUCCUGAGUGUUUCCUGGAGCCAAAAAAUGAACCAUCUGCACAGUUUACCAGUGACCCUGUUCCUCUACGCAGUUUGGAGGUUGAUUUGGCCUUUUCUGUAACAGAGCUUUCCAUUCAACAGAAAGUCAAGGAACCCAGUGCAGAAGAAGAAAGGAGGAAAUGGGAAGAAGGGCGUGUGGACUACAUGGGAAAAGAUGCUUUUGCACAUAUUCAGGAAAAAUUGGAUAGAUUUUUACAAUAGUCUUGUCACCUAUGUCUGUAUUCUAGUGGAAUGGUUAUUGUCAUUAUGUUUAUGCUUCUGUGUAAUGACACAAAGUCUCUUCUAGCCCUUAGUAAUGGGGAAGGCCUUUUAAAUGAUGUGCCUCUAUUUAUUUUCAGCCAACUUGAGUGCCUAAAUACAAGUAGUGCAGAAAAUUCAAGUCUAGCUUGAAAUGCCUAGCUGACCCAAGAUAAAUAACUUCUAGUUUUCACUGUUAGAUCUGUACCUCACUUAAUCUUGCCAGCAAAAUGAUUUAGAAUAAACAUAGACUUUUUGGUAAAAGUAUGUAUUAUAACAGGAAGGAUACCUAAAAUAUAGACCUAUUCAGGGGCAAAAAUGUAGAUAGUAGUUGAAAAUCAUGCAUCACGCCUUGCUGUUCUUGUUUCUUUAAUAAUGCUAGGAGAUGCAGUUGAUGAUCUGAGAAAGAGUGAUGAUAAAUAGAUCUAUUCCUAUAAAGUUAAAUUAAAUUUCAGUAACUCACCUUUUUUUAUUUCACUUUCAGUUUUAAGAUCUCAUGGACUUUUUUGAUGUCUCUGCCAGGAACUCAGUUUUUGAACACACCACACAGAGAGAUAUUCACCUGGCUGAUAAAAGAGUCUCUUUAGUGUUAUGUAGAGGAAUUUGCAUACUUUUCCAUGGACCAGCUCAUUGUGGCAAUACCUGAAAUAUCUUUUGCUUAAAGAAAAGUAAAUUUAUAGUCUCUGUUAAAUUGUCUCUUUUCCCUCCUCCCCUUAUCAAUAUAUAUCUAAGACUCACUACCUCAGUUUUAACUAACUUAUUUAGUCAUGGUGCUCUACAAACUCUAUCAAUAGAUUCAAAAAAAAAUUCUCAGUUUUAUGAGACUGGUUGCUCAAUUCCGUGAAAAGCUCUCAAAAGAAUCUGUAUUUCAUGAACCUACAAUGGAUGUUGUUACAUUUCUUAUGACCACUGUUACUGAACAGGCACAUUCAUCAUAAUAACCAGGGAAUUCACCCUUUUGAAAGGAGAGGCAAAAUUCAUUUUUGAAAUUUUUAGUAGCUUAUUUAUCAUAAGCCUACUGAAAAAUGAAUGACUCAUUUGUCAUGUAUUUUGGAGGGGCUGGGAAGUUCACCUGUACAUCCUGUGGUAUUUUCAUUGAACGAAUAUAUUUGAGGACAUUUCAGAUCUCUCUGAGGUUGUUUGGUUCUGGGUCAGGGAGACCCAAAUGAACUUUGAAAUAGCUCUUUUCUGUUAGGGCAUCAACUUAUCCAGGGAAGUAGGAUUUAGAAGCUUCAUUUCUGCUCAUGACUGAAUGACCCAAUAGUCCUUACUAGUACUAUAUGCAUAUUGAUUCGUGAAAGUCUAUUUAAAAAUAAUAUUAAAAAAGCAUGAGUUGUUGAAUAUAGAACUGGUGAUCUAAUAUUGAAAGUCUACCAGUACUAAUUGUUUGAGAAAGGAAUGCAAAUAUUGUGUGCUAUGAUACUGAACAGUGGAUGAUAAUAGGUCUAAAUCUACCAAAUGAAGUGGAAAACAUAAAAUGUGGAGUUAAGUGAACUAGCUUUGUUCUCAGUUUCUUUUGUCUUUGAGAAUGUGUGUCAACAGAGACAGCUAAAUUGUCCUCUGGUACAAAUUAAACUGUGCAGGUCAAUCUUGCUGUGCUCUCUUUUAGCAUCAGGAUUUUUCAUCUCAUUUGAACUGUUCCCAUUUAAAGGUUGUAUAAUCUACUAGUUUGUGCUUUGCAUGUGUGUCCUGGGAACACAGGAUGAUGUUUUAUGUUCAAAAGGAAGCAGUUUUAUUACAUAUUUCCAAAUUAUCGAAAUAAAAAAAAAGCAAACAUAUUAAAUGGAUUUUUCAUAACUGCUUCUAGAAA